GAUAAGAGGUCUCAUAAACGUGUGUAAUGCACCGUGCGUCAGUACUGUCCGCGAAAAGUUGCUUGUGUCAUUAGCUCUACAAAUGUUGGCUCUCACACAGAGUAACAAUUUAAAAAGGAACGCGACACACCUCGGUAAAGUGGCUGUCCACGGAAAGUUUCGGCGAGGCAAGAAACGAUGUAAAAGACACCAGGCGGAAUCAACGACAAAUUUCGCUACUUUGGAACCGGAACCAAUCGUUUACAAAAUGAAGAUACCGUUUCUCAUCCUCUGUCUGGCCGUGGUGUACGGAGCCUGCCGGACAUACGAGCAUGGGAAAAACGACUUGACUACGGCGAUACGAAAUAAUGGAGAUUAUACAUUGGCCUAUGCAAAUGUGCCUCUUGAGAGAUUACUCUCAAGGCACAGCAGAGGCUUAUUAUCACCACAGAAUAUAAUAAAACAAAUUACAGCCAUGGUAAAUUUGGCAUUAAAAUUAUUUGGAUUUGAUGAUGGCAUAGUAGCUACAAUUCUAAGUACAAUGGAAACAACAUUGGACGUAAUUGUGGAGACAGUAUUCGACUUGUUCAAACAGUUCGUUACACGGGUAUUCCUACCAGGAUUGCACAUAACGCUAAAUACACUAAACAACACUGGCAUGUUACCCUUACAAAUUAGUAAUAUGAUCGCGGGAUUCAAUACAGUUUAUCGUUUAUUACAAUUCCUGAACAUUGUUCCGCGAUAAAAAAUAUUUUCCACUCUUCAAAGCACGUUAAAUCUGUAAAAUUAUAGAAAAGCACAAUAAUUUAGAAAAAUAUAUUUUAGAAAAUAUAUGUUCUUUACUUUGUAAAACAGUCUUUUAAUUCCAUAUAAGGCCAGAAUUAAAUUGUCUGUCGCAAUGUAACAC